AUGAAGACGUUCGCAACCCUCGCCUCCGUAGUAGCGCUUUGCCAGCAAGCAGCUGCCAACCUCGACGUCGUUACCCUGUUCGCCAAGUCCAACGCUUACAUCCAAGAAGCUUCUGCUACACUUGUGCUGGGAGCUAUCCCCAGACCCAUUACUGGAGAUGUUGCUCUUUGGAGUGCCAUCAUGAUGCAAAACCAAGAGUCUUUCUUGCAAGGCGUUACGCAGAACUCCCCUGAGGGAUCCGGGUAUUGCUCAAACCUCGGCAACAAGUGGUGCAACUUCGCGUAUGCACUCAUCAAUGGCAGUUCCGAACCCAAGAACGGAACCCCGAUCAAGGCCUCCCCCGGAAGCCGAGUGACGACUCAUUAUAAACUCAAUUCGAAAACACAAAUGUGGGAUCAAAACCUGUACAUUGACGACGCGCUCGUUUCUACCAUCUCAACCAGCAAGGGACAGCACGGAGAGAUCUUCUACAUCUCCAUGGAGUGUGCAUCAGGCACUUGUUCCACUACCCCCGCUCACAGCUGGGAGGAAGUCUCUGUUACCCUGAGCCAGGCUGAUGAGAGCUUCGGCCAGAAUGGAGGAUGGGAUCAGGGUGCUACUGGUGGAGAGAUGUCAACUUCGGAUGGUGGAAGGACCUGGAGGUUCACCACUCUGGAGGUUCCUGCUACUAAUGUUCCACCAAGCUAG